UGCAGCUUCCCUUGGGUCCAUGACUGAAAUAGAGCGUGAACUGGGUAUGGGCGGUGGAACAGUUAGGAUGUAUAAGAAAACCAUAAAGCGGGAGGUUUAUAACCUGUAUUAUCACAUGGCUAUGAAUGACAUCCCAGAAGACUUUGUGGAGACUGACACUGUGUAUUUUCUCAGAGACACUGCAGAAACCGUUAGUGAACCUAAUGACUUGCUUGAAGCGAAGGACGUCCUGCCGGAAGUACUGGAGUACGGCAUACUGAAUGGCCAUACCCUCAUGAUGCUGAAGCAGCUUUUUGCACUGGUCUUUCUGCCUUCAAUGUGUCAUAACCAAUAUGAUAUGGAUGAGUCCAUUCCUCACCCAGAACCGGAAAAGGCAGAAGGUGAAGAUGCUCAGCCUGUUGUGAAGAAAAAAACAUCACCAGAAGUAUUAGACAGCUUGCAUAGCCUAAGGAAUGAGUUCUUGAUGAAUAUGCAGAAAUUCCUAAGCCACAUUCAGAGAACCAUACAGCAGAUAGAAGGGGAAAUUAAGUUAGAACUGCCAACCAUAAGCUUAGAUGGUGAUGUGGAAGAACUUGCCAAUGAUCGGGAUGUGGUUGAUACACUGGAGACACUUGCAAGCAAUUGGCUCAUGUUAAUAUCCUCAGCAGAUGAAGAGCUUCUGAAAAAGGUCCCCCAGGGGAAUGGCCCACUAGCCGAGAUUGACCUGUGGCGAGAGAGAAAUGCUACUUUGAGUGCUCUCACUCAGCAGCUCAAACUGCCAUUAGUCAAAAAGGUCUUGGAAGUGCUCACGGUGGCUAACAUAGCAAUUGUGGAUAGCUUGCAGAUAGUCAUCAAUGAGCUCUGCAAGCACCACGUGGAGGCAGUUGAUAAUGUGAGGUUCCUUUCCACUCUUGAACGACACCUAAAGAAUUUAACACACGGCACUGGCUUCAACAUUGUGUUGGAUACAAUUCCCUCACUGAUGAAUGCCUUGAGAAUGGUGUGGAUUAUUUCACGGCACUACAACAAGGAUGAAAGGAUGAUCCCCCUAAUGGAAAGGAUUGCCUGGGAGAUCUCAGCAAGGGUCUGCAAGGUUGUGGAUCUACGGACUUUGUUCAAGGAAGACAGGCAGCUUGCAAAAAUCAAAAUGAUAGAAGCCAAACGGACCCUUGAAAUUUGGAAGGAGUCCUAUUUUGACAUCCGUGCCAAAAUUGAAGCUUCUGGAAGAGAUGCACGAUGGGAAUUUGACAGGAAGCGUUUAUUUGAAAAAACAGAUUAUAUGGCCAUAAUCUGUCAAGACCUCUAUAACGUAUUGCAGGUUAUGGAAGAGUUUUACAACAUCUUUGGUCCUGAACUGAAAGCUGUCACUGGGGAUCCAAAGCGCAUUGAUGAAGUCUUGCGACGAGUUGACGGUCUUGUCAGUCCUAUGGAGGUUCUGACCUUUGAGCCUUUCAACAUCAGAUGUGCAACUCAAUGGAAGAUAGUUAUGGACGAAUUUAAAUUGGAAGUUUUGGAUAUAGAAAAAGAAGCAAAGAGCUUCAUUGAUGAUUCUUUUAAGACUCUUCGUUCAGCAGAAGCUGCUUUUGACAUGCUCUUAAACUUCAAACACAUCCGCUCUCGAGAGGCCAUUAAUAAGCAGAUGAUGAUGAAAUUCAAUGACAUUUUGGCACAGUAUUGUAAAGAGCUUGAGAUAGUUAACAACAUAUUCGUCAGUAACCUUUCCAACCCACCUUUAUGCAAAAACCAUCCUCCAGUGGCAGGAGCAAUUUACUGGGCGCGAACUCUUUUCUACCGUAUAAAGCAUACCAUUGUUCGAUUCCAAGAAGUAGAGGAGCUGCUGGCUAGUGAGCGUGGAAAGGAGGUGAAACAAAAAUAUCUUGAAGUGGCAAAGAGAAUGAAAGAAUAUGAAGAUCUGAAAUAUGACCAGUGGAGAGAGAACACAGAAGACAAGCUCCCAAUUCUAUUGAAAAAAACUCUCCUCGCUAAAGUUCAUCCUUCUGGAGCUAUUAUUCAGGCUAAUCCAGACACCCGUGAGCAGAGUCCACGUACUGAAGAGAUGGACACUGGAGAGAAAACUACUCGUUUCACAGUUAACUUUUCUCCCAAGCUUCGAGAGAUAAUCAAUGAAACAAAAUAUAUGGAACACCUUGGAUUUCCAGUGCCUGAAAUAGCCAGGAAUGUGGCCCUUCAGGAGGACAAAUUGCUUAGAUACACUGAUGGCAUAAAACAGAUGUUGGAUCGCUAUCACACAUUAAUAGGAACACUGAAUGAAGCAGAGACCCAGCUUCUGGAUGAACAGAUACAAGACCUUUGGCGAGUUUUCAGAUCUGGUUACAAGAGGCUCAACUGGAACUCAUUAGGUAUUGGUGACUACAUUGUGCGAUGUACCCAGUCCAUUGGGAAGUUUGAGUCACUUGUCCAUCAAAUUCACAAGAAUGCUGAAGACAUGUCUAAUAAGCUUUUGUUAAUAGAAUCCACCAAUUUGUUCAAAAACCCAGCUUCCAAAUUUGAAGAUUAUCUUCCUGGGGCGAAAGAAUACUUUGAAUACAUUAAGCAUGAAAGAUCCAAGGAUGUUGAACACAUGGUACACAAGUACAUUUCCAUUGGCCCCCUGCUAACAAAAAUGGAGGGGCUUAUUGUGAACACAAACACUGGCAGGGCCUCAAGACUGGUUCAUUAUUAUGCCUUUUGGGAAAAGAAAGUUUACCAGAGCUUGACGACCCUGAUUCUCAAAAAUUUGCAGUCUUUCAAUGCUGCUGUCAUAGGGAAUACCCCUCUCUUUCAAGCAGAAACAAUUUUAUCAGCUCCUGAAAUCAUCCUCCAGCCAAAUGCUCUUGAAAUUGAAAAAAUGUGUGUACAAUGCAUUCGAGAUUGUGUCGAAGUUACUAAACAAUUUGUUCGCUGGAUGCAUGGCACCUGCAUUGAUUGUCCACCACAGCAAACUGGUGACGAUGAACCCAUCAUCUUUAGUUUCUUUAGCGAUAUCUCCCAGAACCCUUUGAUCAUUGAGCAGGCCAUCCUCAUUUCUCAGAACAUGCACAAGCUUCUGGGCUCCCUCACAAAAUACCUGAACCGGUGGAAGAGGUACCGCCCUCUAUGGAAGUUAGACAAGGCCAUUGUUAUGGAUAAGUUUGCUGCCAAAAAGCCAGCCUGUGUCGUCUUUGAUGACAAGUUGCAGUUCUACCUGAAGGUAGCCCAAGAAGUGAUGCAGCAGCCCAUGGUUAAAGACGAGCAGUGCAUUCGCCUUCAGCUCGAGCCUUUGGCUUCUACAGUGCAAGAAACUGCUAAAGGCUGGAUGGCUUCACUCGGGAAACUACUCAACGAAUCAGCCAAAGAGGCACUUUACGAGCUCCAAGAAAAUAUUGAAAGAUUAUCGCAUAACCUUAAGACAACUCCCAGUACCCUGGAAGAUCUCAAAUUUGUCUUGGGCACAAUUGCUGAGAUCAAAGAUAUGUCUCUAGAAGUGGAACUUAAAUACUUGGAUAUUCGUGAGCGAUACCGUACCCUUGCAAUGUAUAAUAUUCCUACAACAGAAGAAGAACGGCAGUUGGUGGAAAAGAUAAAACUAAUGUGGGAUACACUUUUUAAUGAUGCAGCAACAGUUGAUCACAGCCUUGGAAGCAUCAAAAAGACAUUUACUGAGAUCACAAGGGAGCAGAUUGCAAACUACAGUAAGGAAAUUGAUGAUUUUUACCAUAGGUUUAUCACUGAAGGACCAGGUUCUGUUGGUGAGAAUCUUGACAGAGGAUUAGAGCUGAUGGUAGUUUUUGAAAAAGAACUCGAGAAGCAUGAGAAAAAUCGCCAGGAACUGGCAAAUGCUGAAAAACUAUUUGACCUUCCAAUCACAAUGUACCCUGAUUUAAUGAAAAUCCAGAAGGACAUGAAGGGCCUGAGGCAGAUCUAUGAUAUUUACAAGUUUCAGCGAGCUGCUAAAGAAGAAUGGUCUCAGACUCUGUGGGUGAACCUCAAUGUACAGGUGCUGCAGGAUGGUAUUGAAGGGUAUCUAAAAUCCCUUCGCAAACUGCCCAAACAUGUCCGAAGUGUGCCUGUCGCAUAUCAUCUGGAAAUGAAGAUGAAGGCAUUUAAGGACUCAAUUCCUUUGCUGCUGGAUUUGAAAAAUGAAGCAUUGAGAGAGAGGCACUGGAAAGAGUUGAUGCGUCGAACAAAUACAGUUUUUGAUAUGGCAACAGAAACAUUCACUCUGGAGAAUAUGUUUGCCAUGGAGCUGCACAAAUACACUGAUGUUAUCAAUGAGAUAGUUGGUUCUGCUGUGAAGGAACUUGGCAUUGAGAAGGGUGUAAAGGAAAUAGUAGAAACCUGGGAGAACAUGAAAUUUACUGUGCAAAGGUACUUCAAAGGCACUCAGGAACGGGGCUUCAUUUUGGGAGCUGUAGAUGACAUAAUUCAGAUCCUGGAUGACAAUGCAGUCAACCUCCAGAGUAUUUCAGGGAGCAGAUUUGUAGGACCUUUCCUGUCUCUGGUUCACAGCUGGGAAAAAACUCUCUCCUUGAUUGGUGAAGUGAUUGAGGUCUGGAUGAUAGUUCAGCGAAAAUGGAUGUAUCUGGAGAGCAUAUUUAUUGGUGGAGAUAUACGAUCUCAACUGCCAGAGGAAGCUAAAAAAUUUGACAACAUUGACAGGAUAUUUAAAAGGAUAAUGUCAGAAACGGUCAAAGACCCAAUAAUAAAGAGAUGUUGUGAAGCUCCAAAUCGUCUUUCAGACCUACAGAAUAUAAGUGACGGCCUGGAGAAAUGUCAGAAGAGCUUGAAUGAUUACUUGGAUUCCAAGAGAAAUGCUUUCCCCAGAUUCUUCUUCAUAUCAGAUGACGAACUGCUUAGCAUUCUGGGCAGCAGUGACCCACUGUGUGUUCAGGAGCACAUGAUCAAGAUGUAUGACAACGUAGCCGCCCUGAAGUUUCAUGAAGAUGACAGUGGCAUGAAGAUAGCUACUGCUAUGAUUUCUGCUGAAGGUGAAGUGAUGGAUUUUCGAAAGGCUAUCCCAGCUGAGGGUAGAGUGGAGAACUGGAUGACUGCUGUACUUGUUGAAAUGAGGAGGACCAACAGACUUCUUACUAAAGAAGCCAUUUUUCGGUACUGUGAGGACAGAAGCAGAGUUGACUGGAUGCUGAUGUACCAAGGUAUGAUGGUGCUGGCUGCCAAUCAGGUGUGGUGGACCUGGGAAGUAGAAGACGUCUUCCGAAAAGUGAAGAAGGGAGAAAAACAGGCAAUGAAAAACUAUGCAAAGAAAAUGCACUUCCAAAUUGACUCGCUAGUAACCCGAAUCACCAAACCACUAAGCAGAAAUGACAGGAAAAAAUACAAUACCGUUCUCAUAAUUGAUGUCCAUGCACGGGAUAUAGUUGAUAUAUUUGUAAGAGACAGCAUCAUGGAAGCUCGUGAAUUUGAGUGGGAAAGCCAGCUGCGUUUUUAUUGGGACCGAGAACCAGAUGAACUCAAUGUGCGCCAAUGCACUGGUGCCUUUUCUUAUGGCUAUGAAUAUAUGGGCUUAAACGGGAGACUGGUCAUCACACCACUCACAGACCGGAUAUAUCUAACACUCACACAGGCCUUGUCCAUGUAUUUGGGUGGAGCACCUGCAGGUCCAGCAGGAACUGGGAAGACUGAAACAACUAAAGAUCUUGCCAAAGCGUUGGGCUUGCUUUGUGUAGUAACUAAUUGUGGAGAAGGCAUGGAUUUCAAGGCAGUGGGUAAGAUUUUCUCCGGUCUUGCCCAAUGUGGCGCGUGGGGUUGCUUCGAUGAAUUUAAUCGGAUUGAUGCCUCCGUGCUUUCAGUCAUCUCUUCACAGAUUCAAACCAUCAGAAAUGCUCUGAUGAACCAACUGAAAACAUUUCAGUUUGAAGGGCAAGAAAUUUCUCUGGAUCCGCGAAUGGGCAUUUUCAUCACCAUGAAUCCUGGCUACGCAGGCCGUACUGAGCUCCCUGAAUCUGUUAAGGCUCUUUUCAGACCUGUAGUAGUAAUUGUUCCAGAUCUCCAACAAAUCUGUGAAAUCAUGCUGUUUUCUGAAGGUUUUCUUUUGGCAAAGACUCUGGCCAAGAAGAUGACAGUGCUCUACAAACUAGCAAGGGAACAACUUUCUAAACAGCAUCACUAUGAUUUUGGGCUUCGGGCUCUGAAGUCAGUACUGGUGAUGGCAGGGGAAUUGAAGAGAGGCUCACCAGAUCUAAAUGAGGAUGUGGUCCUGAUGAGAGCUCUGCGAGACAUGAAUCUCCCAAAAUUUGUUUUUGAAGAUGUUCCUCUUUUUCUUGGUCUCAUCUCUGACCUGUUUCCUGGACUUGAUUGCCCUCGAGUUCGCUACCCUAAUUUUAAUGAUGCUGUUGAGCAAGUGUUGGCUGAAGGAGGCUAUGUUGUCCUGCCAAUUCAGGUGGAUAAAGUUGUCCAAAUGUAUGAAACUAUGUUGACUCGUCAUACUACAAUGGUGGUCGGGCCGACAGGAGGCGGCAAGUCUGUGGUUAUCAAUACCUUGUGCCAGGCUCAGACAAAGCUGGCAUUGGUGACCAAACUUUACACGCUGAACCCCAAAGCCAUGAGUGUUAUUGAGCUUUACGGAAUCCUAGACCCCACCACACGAGACUGGACUGAUGGAGUUUUGUCCAACAUCUUUAGGGAAAUCAAUAAACCCACAGAUAAAAAAGAGAGAAGGUAUAUUUUAUUUGAUGGAGAUGUGGAUGCCCUCUGGGUAGAAAACAUGAAUUCUGUGAUGGAUGAUAACAAGUUGUUGACUUUGGCAAAUGGGGAACGAAUCAGACUUCAAGCCCAUUGUGCCCUUUUAUUUGAGGUUGGAGACUUACAGUAUGCUUCACCUGCAACAGUAUCACGCUGUGGGAUGGUCUUUGUGGACCCCAAGAACUUGAGAUACAAACCUUAUUGGGAGAAAUGGACGAACCAAAGAAGCAAGCAAGAAAAACAACUGUUAGAUAGAUUAUAUGCCAAAUAUGUGCCCUACCUGAUUGAAAUGAUCGUAGAAGGAAUUGUCGAUGGACGGCAGGGGGAGAAAUUAAAGACCAUUCUUCCACAGACAGAUCUCAAUAUGGUGACACAGUUGACCAAGAUGCUGGAUGCUCUCGUUGAGCAAGAAUAUGAUGACCCUGAUGUGCUUGAGUGCUACUUCCUUGAAGCUUUAUACUGUUCUUUAGGAGCCUGCCUACUUGAAGCUGGAAGAUCAAAAUUUGAUGACUUUAUCAAACGUCUCUCCUCUAUGUCAACCGUUAAUGAUGAGAUGACUCUAGCUAAACCAGGGGAGUUGCCAGGCCAGCUUCCAACUUUAUAUGACUUCCACUUUGAGGGACUGAUAAAAAAGUGGGUGCCUUGGAGCAAAUUGGUCCCUGAAUAUAUUCACUCACCCGAGGUGAAAUUUAUCGAUAUUCUGGUUCCCACAGUGGACACAACCCGUACAAACUGGCUGCUAGAAAAGAUGGUAAAAAUCAAACACCCCGUUGUUCUGGUUGGAGAAUCUGGAACCUCAAAGACGGCAACAACACAGAACUUUCUUAAGAAACUAAACCAAGACACAAAUGUGCUGCUUAUCAUUAACUUUUCCUCUCGCACUACCUCCAUGGAUAUUCAAAGGAAUAUGGAAGCAAAUGUGGAGAAACGGACCAAAGAGACCUAUGGUCCCCCAAUGGGAAAGCGCCUCAUUGUCUUUAUGGAUGAUAUGAACAUGCCCAGGGUUGAUGAAUAUGGUACCCAGCAGCCUAUUGCGCUGCUGAAGUUACUCUUAGAGAAAGGCGCCUUGUAUGAUCGUGGCAAGGAGAUGAACUGCAAGUACCUCCGUGACCUUGGCUUCAUUGCUGCCAUGGGCAAAGCUGGGGGCGGCCGUAAUGAAGUUGACCCACGAUUCAUUUCGCUCUUUAGCGCUUUCAACGUGCCGUUUCCUUCAGAGUCGUCACUGCACUUGAUAUACGCCUCCAUUUUAAAAGGCCAUACUUCGAUUUUCAAUGAAUUUAUAUCUGCAAUUGCUGACAAGAUGACAGCCUCUACACUGACACUUUAUCAAAUGAUAGUCCGUGACUUACCACCAACUCCUUCAAAAUUCCAUUACAUUUUUAACCUGCGGGACUUGUCCAGAGUUUACAAUGGACUUGUUCAAACAACACCAGAACGGUUCCAGACAGUCGCACAAAUGGUGAGAGUAUGGCGGAAUGAGUGCCUGCGGGUUUUCCAUGACAGGCUAAUUAAUGAAGUUGACAAAGCUCUGGUUGAAGGCCAUAUACAAGCCCUGGUGGAAAGCAAUUUCAAAGACGACUUAGAGCAUGUUAUGAGAGACCCUAUACUUUUUGGAGACUUUAGGAUGGCCCUAAAUGAAAGUGAGCCUCGUGUUUAUGAAGAUAUUCAGGACUAUGAUGCUGCCAAAGCUCUCUUUCAGGAGAUUCUUGAAGAGUACAAUGAACUGAAUACUAAAAUGAACCUGGUGCUGUUUGACGAUGCCCUGGAGCAUUUGAUCCGUGUUCAUCGCAUCAUAAGGAUGGAUCGUGGUCAUGCUUUACUUGUUGGAGUUGGUGGCUCAGGGAAGCAGUCCCUGGCAAGAUUAGCGGCUUAUACAGCAGGAUGCGAGGUUUUUGAAAUAGUUCUGAGCCGUGGUUAUGGAGAAAACAAUUUGCGGGAAGAUCUUAAAACUUUGUAUGUAAAACUUGGGAUUGAGAAUAAAAUAAUGAUAUUCCUAUUUACUGAUGCUCAUGUGGCAGAGGAAGGGUUCUUGGAACUCAUCAACAACAUGCUAACAUCAGGAAUGGUGCCAGCCCUAUUCCCAGAUGAUGAAAGAGACAAUAUUUUAAAUCAGAUUACAGUUGAAGCAAUGAAAGCUGGAGCUGCCCCAGCCAAAGAAAGCGUCUGGCAGUACUUUGUAAACAAGAGUGCCAACAACCUCCAUAUUGUCCUUGGGAUGUCCCCAGUUGGUGAGACACUGAGAACACGUUGCCGAAAUUUUCCAGGUCUUGUCAAUAACACUGGGAUCGACUGGUUCUUGCCCUGGCCACCUCAGGCUCUAGAUGCCGUUGCUAAGUUCUUUUUGGGGAGCAAUCCACUGAUCCCAUCUGAAAAAACUGAGGCAGUCAUUGAACACAGUGUCAUGGUCCACGGUUCAGUAGGGCUCUACAGCAAAAGAUUUCAGCAGAAACUCAGACGGAGCAACUAUGUCACCCCCAAAAAUUAUCUUGAUUUCAUCAACACCUACUGCAAACUGCUGGAUGAAAAGAAUCAGUUCAUUUGGGCUCAGUGCAAACGACUGGAGGGUGGUUUAGACAAACUUAAAGAAGCUACAAUUCAGCUGGAUGAGCUCAAUCUGAAGCUUGCUGAGCAAAGGAUUGUGCUGGCAGAGAAAUCAGCAGCCUGUGAAGCCUUGUUACAGGAGAUUGCAACUAACACAGCAAUUGCUGAGGAGAAGAAAAAGCUGGCUGUGGAAAAAGCCAUGGAAAUAGAAGAGCAGAACAAAGUCAUUGCAGUGGAGAAGAAGGACGCCGAGACAGCCCUGGCAGAAGCCAUGCCCAUCUUGGAGGCUGCAAAACUAGAACUUCAGAAGCUUGACAAAUCUGAUGUCACUGAGAUCAGGUCCUUUGCUAAGCCCCCUAAGCAGGUGCAGACUGUGUGCGAGUGCAUCCUUAUCAUGAGAGGCUACAAAGAACUCAACUGGAAGACAGCCAAAGGAAUGAUGUCAGAGGCCAACUUCCUACGCUCCCUUAUGGAAAUAGAUUUUGAUUCGAUUAAUCAGAGUCAAGUGAAAUCUGUCCGAGGGCUGCUAAAGAACUUGAACACAACCUUUGAAGAAAUGGAAGUUGUCAGCAGAGCCGGUUUAGGGAUGCUGAAAUUUGUGGAUGCUGUUAUGAGCUACUGUGAUGUAGCUAAGGAGGUCAAGCCAAAGAGAGAAAAGGUGGCCAGACUGGAACGGAAUUUUUUCUUAAGUAAACGUGAACUGGAGAAGAUCCAGAAUGAGCUGACAGCCAUCCAGAAUGAGCUGAAAGCUCUGGGAGAUAAGUACGAGGCAGCCAUAAGGGAAAAACAGCAGCUUCAGGAAGAAGCUGAACUUAUGGAACGGCGUCAUGCUGCUGACAAACUUAUUCAGGGACUGGGAUCUGAAAAUAUAAGGUGGAUGAAUGAUUUGGAAGAAUUAAAGAAACGACAAGUGAAACUGUUGGGAGACUGUCUGCUAUGUGCCGCCUUCCUGAGCUACGAAGGUGCCUUUACCUGGGAGUUUCGUGACGAGAUGAUUAAGGAUGUUUGGCAAUCUGAUAUCCAUGAGCGAGAUAUUCCUCUCAGCAAGCCUUAGAUAGAAAACCUGCUGACUGAUGAAGUUGAGAUUAGCAGGUGGGGGUCUCAAGGUCUACCUCCUGAUGAGCUCUCGAUUCAAAAUGGCAUUCUCACCACACGGGCCAGCCGUUUCCCGCUAUGUAUUGACCCACAGCAACAAGCGUUAAAUUGGAUCAAGAGGAAAGAAGAAAGAAAUAACCUCAGGAUGGCUUCCUUCAAUGAUCCUGAUUUCCUUAAGCAACUCGAAAUGGCCAUAAAAUAUGGGAAUCCUUUCUUGUUCCAUGAUGUUGAUGAAUACAUUGACCCUGUGAUUGAUAAUGUAUUAGAAAAGAACAUAAAAUGUGCCCAGGGCCGAACAUUCAUCAUUCUUGGAGACAAGGAGGUUGACUAUGAUGCCAAUUUCAAGCUGUAUCUGAACACCAAACUAUCCAAUCCUAAAUAUUCACCAUCAGUGUUUGGCAAAGCCAUGGUCAUCAACUACAUAGUUACUCUGAAAGGUUUAGAAGACCAGCUACUAAGCGUUAUUGUAGGAUUUGAAAGGCGUGAACUGGAAGAGCAGAGGGAACAUCUCAUCCAGGAAACGAGUGAAAACAAGAAUUUGUUGAAGGAUCUGGAAGACUCCCUCCUUCGUGAAUUGGCAACUUCCACUGGGAAUAUGUUGGACAAUGUAGACUUGGUGCAUACUCUGGAGGAGACAAAGUCCAAAGCUACUGAGGUAUCUGAGAAACUCAAGCUGGCUGAAAAAACAGCAAUAGAUAUUGACAGACUGCGAGAUGGUUACCGUGCAGCUGCCAAGAGAGGUGCCAUCUUGUUCUUUGUGCUGUCCGAGAUGGCCCUUGUCAACACAAUGUACCAGUACUCCUUGACUGCCUUCUUGGAUGUUUUUGGUCUCUCUCUUCGAAAAUCAAUACCUGACACCAUUGUUGCAAAGAGGUUGCGGAACAUCAUGGACACGUUAACGUUUAAUGUAUACAACUAUGGUUGCACAGGCUUGUUUGAGAAGCACAAGUUACUCUUCUCCUUUAACAUGACAAUCAAGAUUGAGCAAGCUGAUCACAGAGUCCCUCAGGAAGAACUUGAUUUCUUUUUAAAAGGCAAUAUUUCUUUGGAGAAGAGUGCCCGAAAGAAGCCAUGUGCCUGGCUUUCUGAUCAAGGCUGGGAGGAUGUAAUCCGUGUCUCUGAACUGUUCCCAGAAGAAUUUGGAUCUCUUGCAGCUGAUUUGGAGGAUAAUCCAGAUGAGUGGAAAGCUUGGUAUGAUAUUGAUGCUCUGGAACAAACCCCAUAUCCCAUGCACUAUGGAAGCAGUCUCAGUGACUUCCAGAAAUUGCUGCUUUUGCGUUGCUUCCGAGUGGACCGUGUCUAUCGCGCAGUGACUGACUAUGUUACUGUCACCAUGGGUGUGAAAUAUGUUCAGCCUCCAGUGAUCAGCUUUGAAGCCAUCUUUGAGCAGAGCACCCCAAAUUCACCCAUUGUUUUUAUUCUAAGUCCUGGCUCUGACCCUGCCAGUGACCUGAUGAAACUAGCAGACCGGACAGGUUUUGGAGGGAACCGACUCAAGUUCCUGGCUAUGGGACAAGGGCAGGAGAAGGUUGCCCUACAGUUGUUGGAGAAUGCUGUGGCCCGGGGACAGUGGUUAAUGUUGCAGAACUGUCAUCUCUUGGUGAAGUGGCUGAUUGAUCUGGAGAAGGCUCUAGAAAGGAUUGUUAAGCCACACCCAGAUUUCCGCUUGUGGUUGACAACAGACCCUACAAAGGGCUUUCCAAUUGGGAUCCUCCAGAAAUCACUAAAGGUUGUCACAGAGCCACCCAAUGGGUUGAAACUGAAUAUGAGAUCCACCUACUUCAAAAUUUCUCAUGAGGCCCUUGAUCAGUGCCCACAUCCUGCUUUCAAGGCUUUGGUCUAUGUCUUAGCAUUUUUUCAUGCCGUGGUUCAGGAGAGGAGGAAAUUUGGGAAGAUUGGUUGGAACGUGCCUUAUGAUUUCAAUGAAUCUGACUUCCAGGUCUGCAUGGAGAUCCUCAACACAUACUUGACAAAAGCAUUCCAGCAAAAUGACGACAAAAUUCCUUGGGGGAGCCUCAAGUAUCUCAUUGGAGAGGUGAUGUACGGUGGACGGGCCAUCGACAGCUUUGAUCGGCGCAUCCUUACCACCUACAUGGAUGAGUAUCUGGGGGAUUUCAUAUUUGACACCUUCCAACCCUUCCAUUUUUUCCAUGAUGAGGAUGUUGACUAUAAAAUCCCUGAAGGGGCUUCCAAGGAUGAGUAUGUUGAAGAAAUAGAGUCACUUCCACUUGCUAACACUCCAGAGGUAUUUGGCCUACACCCAAAUGCUGAAAUUGGAUACUAUACACAGGCAGCUCGGGACAUGUGGUCACAUCUUUUGGAGCUGCAGCCUCAAACAGGUGAAACUGGCGCAGGGAUAAGUCGAGAUGAAUAUAUUGGCCAGGUUGCUAAGGACAUAGAAAACAAAAUGCCCCAGAUCUUUGACAUUGAUCAGAUAAGAAAGGGUUUUGGACUGGAAAUUUCACCGACGACAGUGGUGCUGCUACAGGAACUGGAGCGCUUUAAUAAGCUCAUAAUUCGCAUGACAAGGUCACUGGCGGAACUGCAAAGAGCCUUGGCUGGGGAGGUUGGAAUGAGCAAUGAAUUGGAUGAUGUGGCCCGUGCUCUCUUUAAUGGGCAAAUCCCAAGCAUAUGGAGAAAGCUGGCCCCAGAUACCCUGAAGACACUUGGCAACUGGAUGAUUUAUUUUAAGAAUAGGUUUCUCCAGUACACAUCAUGGAUUGAGGAGAGUGAACCAAGCGUCAUGUGGUUGUCAGGACUGCAUAUCCCUGAGUCGUACCUCACUGCACUUGUUCAAGCAACCUGCAGGAAGAACGGCUGGCCUCUGGACCGCUCCACCUUGUAUACUCAAGUGACCAAGUACAGGACUGCAGAUGAAGUCACAGAGCGUCCUGGACAGGGAUGCUUUGUUUCUGGCCUGUACCUGGAAGGAGCUGACUGGGACCUUGAAAAUAGCUGCCUCAUCAAGAGUAAGCCCAAAGUGCUGGUUGUUGACUUACCUAUUCUGAAGAUAAUCCCCAUCGAGGCUCAUCGUCUCAAGCUACAGAACACCUUCCGGACUCCAGUGUACACAACGUCUAUGCGGAGGAACGCAAUGGGCGUUGGCUUGGUCUUUGAAGCUGAUCUUUAUACCACAAGACAUAAUUCUCACUGGGUACUUCAAGGAGUUUGCCUUACAUUGAAUGCUGAUUAGUGGCCAGAUGCAAAGGCUACACAUUGUGUUGAUGAGAGAAGAUACAGAAAAACACUGGAAUCUUCUUGCUUCCAGCUGCUGAAGAUAUGUACUGUAGGUUUCUUUAAAACUAAUUUUUGAGUAGGAUUCCUUACAUUUUAUAUAUUGCAACUUGUUUGAAAAUAAACCUUUCUUUGGUGUUUGUGGUUA